AUGAGCAAAAAAAGAACAAUUGAUUCUUUUUUCAAACGAAAAGAAGAUGUUAAUGAUCCACAACCUGAAAGAAAUAGUAAUAUGGAAGAGCCGGUUAAUGUUGAACCUGAAAAAAAUGAUGCUUCAAAUUCAAGAGAGGUAAACUUAGAUUCUUUGAUUUGUGAUCCCGGAGAACGACCUUUGAUCUCAAGCUAUCCAAGUCACCAACGUGAUGAGAUUAGACGAUUAUAUAUUAAACUUGGACCAUACCAAAUUCAAAAAUCAAAGUAUCCUUCAAAUCCUAGUGGUCCAAAUGGUUCUAUGCAUAGUUCUCAACAAGCUUGGUUUAAAAAAUUUUGGUGGUUGGAAUAUUUUGAGAAAAAGGAUGCUGCAUUUUGUUUCCCUUGCUUUUUUUUCAAUAAGAAACCUAUUGGACGAGUCGGGUCAGAUACAUUUAUUGUCGCAGGGUUUAAUAAAUGGAAAAAGGUGAAUUGUGGCAAAUAUUGUGCUUUUAUCGUCCAUGAAGGUAAGACCCUGGCCUCAGCACAUAAUUUUUCUGUCAGAUGCUAUGAAGAUUUAAAAAACGAGUUGUGUCACAUAGAGAAUGUGAUAGAGAAACAAAUGACUCAACAAGUUAUGGAUAAUAGAUUACGCCUUAAAGUUUCUAUUGAGGCUAUUAAAUGGCUUACAUUUCAAGCAUGUGGUUUAAGAGGUCAUGAUGAGGGACCUGACUCAAGAAAUCAAGGGAAUUUCCUUGAACUUAUAAAGUUGCUUGCUUCUUAUAACAAGACUAUUGAUGAUGUUGUAUUAGAAAAUGCUCCUCAAAAGGCGAAGUACACAUCACCGGAUAACCAAAAAGAAAUAUUGUGUGUUUUAGCUACAAAUGUACAAAAAGCAAUUCGUGAUGAAAUCGGGACUACAAAAUUUUGUUUGAUUGUUGACGAGUCUCAAGAUGAAUCUAAGAAAGAACAAAUGGCUAUUGUUGUGAGAUUUGUUGACCAAGAUGGACAUGUCAAAGAACGAUUUUUGGAUUUGAUUCAUGUCAAAGAUACAACUUCAUCGACCUUGAAAAAUGAGAUAAUGUGUUCAUUGUCUUAUCAUAAAAUUAGUGUCCAAGAUAUUCGGGGUCAAAGAUAUGAUGGAGCUAGUAAUAUGUGUGGAGAAUGGAAUGGGUUGCAAGCUUUAUUAUUAAAGGAAUUCCCUUAUGCUUAUUACAUACAUUGUUUUGCUCAUCAAUUGCAAUUGGCUCUAGUUGCAGCGUCUAAAGAUGUGACCGGUGGACAUAACUUCUUCAAAAAUUUAAACUUUAUAGUUAAUGUCAUAACUUCUUCUUCCAAGCGUCAUGAUCAAUUGCAAGAUGCUCAGAUUGCUGAAAUUUCUCAUUUAAUUGAAGUUGAUGAGAUUGAGAGUGGAAAAGGAAAAAAUGAAAUACAAACACUACAAAGACCUGGAGAUACUAGGUGGAGUUCUCAUUUCAAAUCAAUAUGUAGUUUGAUGAACCUUUUUGGUCCAUCUUGUGUAGCGUUGACUGACAUUGCUACAAAAGGUUCUACAUCUUCUCAAAAAGGUGAUGCAAUAUUUGCACUUAAACAUGCAACGUCAUUUGAUUUUGUCAUUGUUUUGCAUAUGAUGAAAGAUAUAAUGGGGAUAACUGACAGGAUUUUCCAAUCUUUACAACAAAAAUCUAUAGAUAUUAUUAAUGCAUUGGCCUUGGUUUCCACAACAAAAAUAUUGCUUCAAAAACUGAGAGAUGAAGUUAUGGAUGAGACUUACAAAUAUGUAAUUCGGACACGACGUGAUAAAGACAAUAUCACUGUACAACAUCACUACCGAGUUGAAUUGUUUAUUGCUGCUAUUGACAGUCAGUUACAAGAGUUGAAUUCUAGAUUUAUUGAGUCUGUAACAGAGCUUCUCCGUCUCAGUGUUGCACUAGAUCCAAAAAGGUCCUUGAAUGUUGAAGAUAUAUGUAAAUUGGCAACAACUUAUUAUCCUUUGGACUUUACAGAGCAAGAAAUUCAUUUGUUGAAACUUGAGUUGCGACAUUAUGAGUUAGAUGUGCACAAUCACCCACAAUUGAAAAAUUCUUCUACACUUUCUGAGUUGUGCAGGGAUCUACAUGAAACUGGAAAGGCUGGUACUUAUCCUUUGUUUGACAGAUUUGAUUCGCAUUAUAUUGACACUUCCUGUUUCUACUGCGACAUCUGA